ACCGUAUAGUUGUUUAAGAUGUAGCUAAUGGUCUGAAAUCCACAGACAUAAAUGGCUGAAACGUGAAAAAUACUGGUGUGUUGGUCCUUUACAUCAGAGGCAAGAAAAUACCGGGAGUCAUUGAAUGCAUCACUUGACUGACAAUCCCGCAGUCUAAUCCAGAGAGUGAGGAUGCAUAGCAGCAGUGUUAUGUGUCGAAGGAACAUCGGCUAAGUACUUCUUUUGGCUGUGAUUGACAAAAGCCAGCUCACACUUUGUUCAUUCAGCUCUCAGACACCGCGUUUGAGCCUGAAACCGUCGGGUUGAUCGGUGCAGAUUUCCUCCAGACCCGGAGUUCGCAGACGUUACGUUUGGACAAUGGAAUCUAACGUUAUCCCGGACAGUAUCCGCCCUCAGAGGCUACAGCCAGGGAUUGGAUUCGGUUCAGGUCCGACCGGGACCCUCCGCUCCUCUCUCCGGCCCGGGGUUACAGUUCCCAUCGCGCCGCUGCUGCCCUCCCCGGCCUCCCUGGCCGCCUCAUCCGGGCCUCCCCCGCCGCCGCCUCCGCUGCAGCUCCACAGCCUGUACGGCGGUGUCGGAGCGGGGCUGGGGCCGGGGGCUACCGGCCACUGUAACCCGGGGAACCCGGCGGUGCUGAAGGAGGCGGUGGAGGCUGUGGUCCGCAGCUUCGCCAAACACACACAAGGUUACGGCAGAGUAAACGUGGUGGAGGCUUUGCAAGAGUUUUGGCAGAUGAAGCUGACCAGAGGGGCCGACCUGCGGAAUGGAGCUCUAGUUGUUUAUGAAAUGGUCCCAUCCAACAGCCCACCAUAUGUGUGCUAUGUAAGUCUUCCAGGAGGCAGCUGCUUCGGAAGUUUCCAGUUCUGUCCCACCAAGGCAGAGGCAAGACGCAGCGCUGCCAAGAUUGCCCUCAUGAACUCUGUUUUCAAUGAACAUCCCUCUCGUCGCAUCACAGAUGACUUCAUUGAGAAGAGUGUGAGUGAGGCCCUGGCUUCCUUCAAUGGAAACAGAGAAGAGGCUGACAACCCUAACACGGGAAUUGGGGCAUUUCGCUUCAUGCUCGAGUCCAACAAAGGAAAAUCCAUGCUGGAGUUUCAGGAGCUGAUGACUGUGUUUCAGCUGUUGCACUGGAAUGGAAGCCUCAAAGCCAUGAGAGAGCGACAGUGUUCCCGACAGGAGGUGCUGGCUCACUAUUCCCACCGGGCUCUGGAUGACGACAUGCGCACUCAGAUGGCGGCCGACUGGGUGAACCGAGAGCAGAGCGUAGCAGGCACCAUUGCGCAGGAGCUGGCCUCCACGGAGCGAGAACUGGAGGACGCCAGGCUGGCGGGCAGAGAACUGCGUUUUUACAAAGAGAAGAAAGACAUCCUGAUGUUAGCUGUGGGUCAGCUCAGCGCAGCCAACACUGCCACCCUGCCGUCACACUAAACGUAGCGUGUGGAAACAUGCCUUCACACUAGGAUUCCUGGUAACAGUAUUGAACAUUUCAUAGAGGUAAAGAUGAUUCAUUAGGUUUUGUAUCUUGUGUUUCGUUAUGAGGACCAGGUAAUCAGGCCUUGAUUUUAUAGUAUGCACAUCCGUCCAUAAAACAGACAACUUGCCGCUAUAGCCGUUACCUCUUUGUGCCUAGUGAUUAUACAGGAUAACAGUGCUUUUUUAAAAAAUACCUGUAAAUGUGCUUGGCAUACCAGCUUACUGGGGUUUACAUUUUUCUUUCUUUAUUUCAUACAACAAACAAAACCUGCCUUUCAUCAGUGAAUGUACAGGUCAUGAGGUAAAUAUGACCCAACAAACCAAACACAUAUGAGGUAAAGAUCAUUUUAAAGUCAGACUAGUGUGUUUCUUUAAUGUUUCGGGUGUGUUAAUUUACUAGUAUUGUGGUCGAUAUGGUAACAAGUAGCAAAAGAGAGCACAUACCAGAACUGAAACUUUCUCUCACUGUCUUUAAACCCUGAUAGCAAGUACCUUGUGUCCACUAAUAAACAGUCAAUUAUUACCGGAGGAACAGCAAAAACAGCAAUAAAGGGGAUUAAAAGAUGACAUAUAAUGUCAGCACAUCACAAUGAGGUUUUCCAUAAACCUUAUCCUACCAGUUGUAAUGAGAAUAUAAUGCAAGUAUGUGACUGUUCCAGUAAGCAUUGAAAAAUACUUAAUGGCUUAUGUAAAAAAAAAAAGAAAAAAGAAAAAAAAAGUGGUGGGUACUUUGCAGAAAUGUCAGCAGGGGACUGAUCACUCUGACAGCAGCUCAGGUUUUUUGAAAAAUCAGUUAGUGAACCAUCUUUUUUUUUUUUUUUUUGCUUUGUUUUUGUUUGUGAAGGCUUUAACAGUUAUAUUAGCCCUUAUUGUAUGCUUGGCGACCAUGACACUAGCUGAAUGUAUAUUUUCAGUGUGCUCUCAACUAAAGGACCCGCAAAACAAUGUUGUUUAAGCUCUAGAAUUAACUCUUGUGAGACAGGUUGUGUCAUGUGGUUCAGCUAGAGGAGAUCAAAAGAGUUGGUGCUUGGUAGACUUAAAUGUAAGUGAAGCAAAAACAAAAACAACAAAAAAAAAAGCCACACAGUGGUGAAGGCAGAAAAAAUUGAGCAGAAGGAUUUCUUGUUGAAAUGAAGUUUGUUUUUUUUAACAAGCUGAUUCACCAUGUGUGAGUCAUGUGUGAGUCAUUGUCAAAGCAGCACCAGCGCUUGUGGUUUAUGUUUUUUGAGAUAUUGGAAGCAGAAUUUGGUUUGUUAGCGGAGCUAAAAACAGUGUAUGUAACUGGCACUUAUCACCUUUGAAAUAUUUUAUGUUGAAGGACCUGAUUUCUUUAUACUGUAAAUGUGAUAUCCUUAUAUUUCCCUGUCUGUCUAAAAUUUAUUUUAUUACAUUAUAAGAAUGAAGGUAUUUCAACAAGUAGCCUUUUAAAGACCCCAUGUAAUGGAAGUGAGAGUUUAAUUGAUAAUGUGCAGCUCUGGUUGGAAGGAAAUGUGGGCAGCGAGUUAUGCAAGUUAAACAGCAGGAGGGCUCGUGCUGCUGCUGAAUGUUGGAUUGUCGACAUCAGAAACUGAUUACAGAAAAUUUAAUGAGACUGCAAUUAAAAAAAAAAACUAAAACAAAAGAAGCAUGAAUGUAGUAUGAUUAAAGACAGAUUAAUUCAUUUUAAUUCUAUUGCUGUUUCUCUUCUCUGGGAUCAUUGUGCCUUUAUGAAAUUGGUAGCAUGCAAUGGUUAGACCCAUAAAAUUUCAUUUAAUGGGGUCUUUAAAAGAUGGAGCUACUCUGCUUUAAGUCUUUUGUCUUAGAUGGUGAUAUACAUUACAUGCUAUAUUACUGUUACGAUACCUUAAUAUGUUGUUAUGAAGGAUUUAUUAAAUCUUACUACCUUUGGUAUACAUUUAUAACCAUUAUAUAUUGUUGGUUUGGUACUCGGCUCGCAAAAUAUGUGUGCAGCACCAGUAGAAAAAUGUUUUUAAGUAAUUUUGUCCUCUUGGCAAAGACCCUGCAGCGCUCUUUAGUAAAUACUGAAUUAUUAAAAUAGACAGUUGAACUUAUCUUGUGCACACUUUGACCUCACAAUUCUGCAGCUUGAAUCCAGCCUCAUUAAUCUCAUGUUUCCCUUUUCACUUUACAUUUUGAAAUAAUCAAGCUCCAAGAGUCUAAACAACAGACUGUUAUCGUCCCAUGAAAUGAUUUUAAAUCCAUCUCAAGAACAUAUACCGAUGUACUGCCGAUGCGCUCAUGCUAAACCUGAAAUGUAAUUAAUGAGAAAAACUCAACAAGUGUUCAGAUGGGCUGGUUAUAGGAAUGAGGCUGGAGAUCUUGAAUUAUGUGGUUUUGUGCUAAUUUAGAUGCUUAUUAUGUGUGUGACUUUUGACCACAAGCCAUUAAUCUCAGAGCUCUCUUUCUCUACCAAUGCCUUUGACCUUUCUGUGUGAUCAUUAUCAAUGAAGGCUUUUUUAAAACAGUAUAUUUUUUUUGCUAUCCAUUUUAUAAAAAAAGGUAGGGCUUUUCAUGUUUUUGCUUUGAUGCAUGAUGUGUUGAUUAAGUUCUGUUUUUAUAUGUUUCAUAUUCUAUACAGUAUUGUUUUUUAAGUGUUUCUGAAGGCCCUUAUUGUAUGUAUUUUCUAUGAACAUUUUGUAUUCCAUGUUUAUACUUUUAGUAGAUUUAUAUGAUGUAAUAAAUUGCCUGAUACAAAUAGUU